AUGUCGAGGCUGCAGAGGUCGUCGGUGUCGUUCCGCCGUCAGGGCUCGUCGGGGCGCAUCUGGGACGACCCGCUGAGGGGCCUGGACCUCAAGGGGCUGUCGACGACGCCCAAGGCGGCGCCGCUGCAUCACGACGCCAGCGUCCUCGCUGGGGACCCCUCGCCCCGCGUCGUGUCCCGCUCGCUGAUGCGCCACAGCGGCGGCGGCGGAGGCGCGGGCGGCGCGUCGUCAGCAGGAGUCAUUGUGGAGAGCCCAGAGGUGGCGGCCUCUGCGUCCCCGGCGGCGGCCAGUGUCGUCGUCAAAGCAGACGGAGGCAAGCGCCAGGAGAGGCCCGCGAGGCGGCGGCGGCGGAUCUCGGCCGCGUUCUGCGCCUGCAUGGGUCAUCCGCCGGCGUCGCACGCGCAGCAGUAG